UGAGAGGUCCAGCUGCACACAGAACAAAAGAAAAUCAUAAGGAAAAAGGAAUGAACAAGAAUCAGAAAGAAGUGAAAAAAAUCCAGUCCAUCUAUCUGCAGAAUUUGGAAAAGUUAAACCAGGGAAUAAAACCAGACAAGAAGAGUUGGAAACCAAAGGAAGGAGACUUUUUGGUGCCAUCAGCUAUGGAAAAGCAGCGACAGCCUGCUAUAGCUGCGCAAGUCUCCAAAAGCUCAGCACAGAGGCUCAGCAGAGACCUGACGUGCUCCAUCUGUUUGGAUCUUUUCAAACAGCCAGUCUCCUUGCCCUGUGACCAUACGUUCUGCCAGACAUGCAUUGCAGGCUACUGGGCUGGUCCCCGAGGCCUGGGGCAGGGGGGAACAGGCUCCUGCCCCCAGUGCAGGAAGGUGUACCCUGGACAAAGCUACAGGCCAAACCGCAUUGUUGCCAACAUAGUAGAGAGCUAUUGUCAGGGGCUGGAGGAGAGUGGGGCAGCAGGCCGGCUGGGAGAAGUGGUGACAGAGAGAGCUUCUGCUCCGGCCCCAAGUUGCAGCAGGCACAGGGAAGAGCUGAAGCUUUACUGUGAGGAGGAUCAGGAGCUGGUGUGCCUGGUGUGUGGGCUGUCCCAGGAGCACAGAAAUCACACCAUGGUGUGUGUCCAGGAGGCUGAACAGAAAUACAGAGCUUCUCUGAACAGCUCCAUGGACUCUCUUAAGGCUGAGUUAAACACUGCCUUGCAGUGUGACAGGGAAGCUGAAGAGGAAGUCAAGAAACUCAAGGAGCACACUGCUGACUUGAAGCAACGCAUUGAGGCUCAGUUCAGUGAUCUGCACCAGUUCCUGUACCAGGAAGAGAAACUGUUGCAAGUAAAGCUGAAGACCGAGGAACGGAGAGAGCUAAUCCGCCUGGAUGAGCACAAGGCAUUGCUCUGUGUGGAAAUCUCUCGUCUCCAAAGAGCUCUCCAUGAGAUAGAAGACAAACUGAAAGAGCAGGACCCUUUCACCUUGCUUCAGAGUAUCAAAACGCUGCUCCAAAGACCGUCAUUGAAGUUUGAAAAGCCAAUGCUUACACCGCCUAGUCUGUGUGAGGGUCGAUUUGCAGGACCCCUGCAGUACAGAGUGUGGAAAUCUCUUAAAGCAAGUAUUUAUCCAGUUCCAGCAGCCAUCACAUUUAACUCCAGCACAGCAAACCCUUGGCUCAGCCUGACCUCCUCCCUCACCUGUGUUCGCUACCAGACCUUUAACCACACUGUUCAGGACAACCCACACAGGUUCAACGCUGCCCUGUCACUACUUGGAAGCCAGGGAUUCACUCACGGACGCCAUUACUGGGAAAUUGAAGUGUACAGCAGCACAGUUUGGACAGUGGGGGUGGCUCGUGAAUCAGUGUCCCGGAAAGGAGUGAUCAAAGCCUUGCCGGCCAAUGGCUUCUGGACCCUCUCCCUCUCUUAUGGAGUACAGUACAUGGCCGGCACUUCUCCCCCUACUGUUCUGUCUUUGGAGGAGCCUUUGGCCAGGAUCGGAGUAUACCUAGACUACAAGAGGGGCUUGGUGUCCUUUUACAAUGCAGAGAGCAUGACACACCUCUAUACCUUUCGGGAAACCUUCACAGAGACACUCUACCCUUACUUCAAUUUGGGCUUCCUGGAUAAAGUGCAUGAAAAUGAGCCUCUCAAAGUUUUCUUACCAAAAAUCUGAUAAUUAGUGCAAUGCAGUAUAACAGAAUACACUUCAAUAAGGAAGGGACAUGUGACAAAUGUUUCCAAAUUUAGCUAAAAAAAAAAAAAAAAAAGCUGUAAAACAGUCAUAUCACAGGGAUGAAAGAAUUCAUACUCUUGGAUUGUACAGAAUAACAGAACAGCAGAUUUGUAAAUGUGCAAUGUAAAUAAACAGCUGCAGUCAGCCGACACCUGUAUCUCAAGAAAAUAUUUUUUGACCACGCUCUGUGGCGUUUUCUGCUAUGUCUAAUACUGCAUAUUUCAGUGAUGCACUUCAUGAAGAAUUAAAACUGUUAGCUGAGCAUUUGGAAAUAAAUACAAUAUCAUAGUCAUUAAUCUUUGCACGUUCUUA